AUGGACGCAAGUACCUCUAAAACAUUGACAACUGCGCACACCUCUGAAACAGUACCGACUGCGCACACCUCUGAAACAGUACGAACUGCGCACACAUCAGAAACAGUGCCCACCGCGCAAGCACAACAGUUGAACCAAGAUAGCGGAGCCGCUGAGUUGUCACAUGAAGCGCAUGCGCAACCGUUGAGUCAAGAUGGCGGGGCCGCCGAGUUGUCACAUGAAGAGUUGAUGGAAGUGACGUCAACUGCUCUCAACGAUCUGCUAAAAACGGUGACCAUACUAGCUGAUCUGCCACAAGAUGUGACCCUGGAGGAAGUGAACGCGCAGAUUGCCGUGCAGCAUGGCCAGUCCAUCACUGUCUAUGCGGUCAGGGAGGAUGGCGAAGAGAUUGCGGCUGUGGUGAACCAGAAAGGAGCACGGGUGAUCGACCUGAAGCAUGCGAUACGGAGAGCGGUUGACCUGAAACUGAAGCGAACCGGGAAAAUCGGAAAAGUCAGUGAAAAGCGGAAAAUCUCGUGGAAAUAUGUGUGGAAAACGAACCACUUGAGCUUCGACGGGGAACAGUUGAGCAACGAUCAGGCACUGUUGUCUGAGAUGGGCAUCCGAAACAAAUCAAGGGUCACGUUUGUGAAGCGGCUCAGAGCGAAGGGUACUGUUAAGAGGUGA